AUGGAUAUCAUCAAUGCUCCUGACUUCGAAGACCAUGUUCAGGAGAUUCUCGAUCUCUUACAUACCCCUGGCCUUGCGAUCGCUAUAAUCCAGGAUGGGAAUAUCGAAUCGAAAGCGGUGGGCAUGGCCUCACUCGAACCGCCAAAGCCGGUGACGCCAGACACGCUGUUUGAUAUUGCUUCGUCGUCCAAGUCAUUGACUGCUGCUUGCGUUGCUUUGCUUGUGGAGGACAACGAGCGGUACCCGCAGGUGCAGUGGGACAGCAAAGUGUCAAGCCUGCUUCCGGACGACUUUGUUAUGGCGGAGAAGAGGUAUACGGAUGAUAUAACUGUUGAGGAUAUCCUCUGUCACAGGACUGGACUACCAAGCCAUCUCAUCGAGAAGCUCACGGGUCAGACAUUCGAAGACUUCCUACACCAGCACAUCUUGAAGCCUUUAGGUAUGACCUCGACACACCUCCAGCCGGACGCCGCCAUCGCUGCCGGUCUCGAGGAACGGAUGGCUAUCCAGUACACCUGGGUGGACGAGCAGCUUAAAGCUGUACCGUGGAUGCAGACGCCGGAACAACAAGGCUGCGGGUCAAUCUUUACAUCUGUGAAUGACUAUAUCAAGUACGUCCAAGCGAUGACAGACCGGCAACACCCUUUCACGAACGAGAUCGUUACUGCUGUCACCACGCCUCGCAUCAUAGCGAAUCCGGGCGAGGAGAUCAACGAGCUUGGCCCGCGGUCUUCUCCCACGCUGUACGCAUUGGGCUGGGAGAACAUCUGGUACCGCGGCCACAAAGUCAUCCAGCACAAUGGCCUCAUCACCGGCUCCGGAAGUCUGCACUUCUUCGUGCCCGACCUCAACUUCGGCGGCGUCGUGCUGGCGAACUCUGACACUGCGUCCUCGAUCGGUACUGUACUUGUGAAGGAAAUGCUCGACUUGCUCAUUGGUAUACCCGUCAGAGAACGUGAUGAGCACGUUGCGCUCGAGCGCGGGAAGAUUGAGAAAGAGAAGGAGCAACUCAGAGGCGACGCACUGAAGAAGAAGAUAUGGCCUACGUUUGACGGGACAACUGAGCCGCAGAAGAUACCGUUAGCUUCGUAUACUGGCGAAUACUGGAAUGCUGGCUAUCAUGGGUUGAGAGUGCAGAUCAAGAACGAGGAGUUGUUUGUGGAUGCCACGGACAGGUCAGACGGGUUCGUGCUUCAGUUUGAGCAUGUCCGGGGGCAGACAAUGUAUGUUGCUCAUUUGGCGACUCGCUGUGGGGAUGUAGAGCUGGAGCCAGAGGAGCUGGAGGCUGAGUUUCGAUUUGACAACGAUCGGGUGGUGAAGAUGGGUAUCAAUUUGGAAUUCGUUCUGGAAGAUAAGAUAUGGUUCGAUAGAGUGAUCCGGCCCAGCAGCCGUGAGUCGUCUCGAGCUGGAGAGGCUUUUACUUGGGUAUAG